CAACAACAUGAGCUGCGCACGAUCAAAGCAACUGAUAGAGAGGAGAACAGGAGGCGCGGGCUCUGGCGCUGCGUAACUGUGUGUCUUGACCCUUACAACAUGCAGGACAACAACAACAACAACAGCAGCAACAACGGCUGCCAACUGCUGCCAAAGGUGAAAAACCAGAGUUGGCAACACACGCACACACACACACACGCACACACACACAUGCACAAAAGGGCUCAAGAGCCACCACUAAAGUCAACAUUCGGGCACCAAUACGCGCGCAACGAGGGUUCGUUUUGAUUCGGCUCACACAAACACGCGCACACACACAGACAGAGCCUCGAUUUUCGGGCCAAGUCGCCGUCGUCGUCGUCGUCGUCGCUGUUGCCUGGGCCCGGCACUCGCUUCACCGUUGGCUCAAUUUAGAACCGCACAAUCGGCUAAAGAUUCAGUCAGGUGCGAAGCACCGAGCGAUACAGACGUCUACGUCUCACAGCCGAGCCAAGUUUCAUACUCAAAGAUCUGUUACCAAAAAAAAAGAAGUUAGCUAAUAUCAGCUUGAGGCAGCAGCAAAAGCGAUCGUUUACCGCGAGAUUUAACGCCGUGUCGCCGUUGAAAUUGAUCCAAAAAUUAAAUAUAUACACAUAUAUAUAUAAACGAAUAUUGUUGACCCAAGUGAAUAAAGUGCAUUUUUGUUGGCCAACUGCUGAGACCAAAGUAAACAGCCAGUGCUCAAGGCCAAAAUAUGAAUCAUUUGUCACCGCCGCCAUCGCCGCACUCGCAGCCAAGUCCGGCGGGCUACGCGGGUCCAUCGCUGGACAAGCAAUGGAUGCAGCGAGCCUCGGCCUUUAACACCGUGAUAGCAUCGGCAGCGGCCCACAAAUUGAACAACAGAGAACUGCCCUUCCUCUACAAUCCGCUGCUCUACUCCAGUGCCCUGCUCUGGCCACAAUUUCUGCUCUCUUCGGCCUCGGCGCUGGGCACACCAUUAACACCCAUGACGCCCAAAUCGCCCGCCUCCAUUGUGCUGAGCCAGCGCGAUCGCGACUUUGCGCUAACGCCCGAAAAGGAGCAGGAGCUGCAGCACAACAGCAGCGGCAGCAGCAAGCAAGUGCUGCUGCCGCAGGACGAGGACAUGCCACUGAAUCUGAGCACCAAACAGCGUGCCAGAUCCCACUCGGACCAGGAUCACGAUCACAAUAGCAGCAGCAGCAGCCACAGUGGCAGCCUGAGCGGUGGCAGCCUCAGCGAUGAGCCCGAGCAGCCGCUGCAUCUGAGCACGCUCAGCAAUGCCACGCCUCCGCCUUUGAGGGCUGUGAACCUGAAGACGGCAAACAGCGGCACGCCGCAGCAGCGCCGCUCGCAGGGCAACAUAAUUUGGUCGCCAGCUUCCAUGUGCGAGCGCUCCACGCGGCAUGAGGCAGUGGCAGUGGCGGCAGCAGCAGCAGCGGCGGCAGCGGCAGCGGAAGACUACGAGGAGCAGCAAGUGGAUCCCAUAGUGCGCAAGUUCAAGUACGAAAGACGCUCGGCUGCCUCCGUAUCCUCGCUGCAGUCGCCGCUGUCCUCGCUGGUGCCGCAGACCAAUGUUGCGCAGGAUCUGGACUUUGAGACCGCGCAGCAGCAGCUGUACGCGCAUCGCAGCGCCUUCAUGGCCGGCCUAACUGGCAACAAUCUGGAGUUGCUGACGCAGCACCUGAAGACGCAGCAGCAGCAGCAACAACAACAACAACAGCAGCAGCAGCAGCAUCAGGUUAAGGCCGAAAUCGUGGCCGAGCAGGACAACAACCGUUCGGCAGCCGCGCUCAUGGGUCUUGUGGCAGUCGCCGAAUUAGGCUACAUGCGUAAUCAACACCAGCAACAGCAACAGCAACACACGACCCAGCAGCAGCAGCAGCAGCAACAACAACAUCAGCAGCAACAGUUGCAUCUACAGCAGCAGCAGCAGCAGCAACAUCCUGAUUCAACGGCCACAGAUGUUGCGCGUCGUUCGUCCUCCUCAUCAUCGUAUCAUGGCGAGUGCGAGGAGAAGCGCAGCGGCAGAAAUUUUCAGUGUAAACAGUGCGGCAAGUCGUUCAAGCGCUCCUCAACACUGUCCACACAUCUGCUAAUACACAGCGAUACCCGGCCGUAUCCCUGCCAGUAUUGCGGCAAGCGAUUCCAUCAGAAGUCCGACAUGAAGAAGCACACCUACAUACAUACGGGUGAGAAGCCGCACAAAUGCACCGUCUGCCUGAAAGCCUUCAGCCAAAGCUCGAACCUGAUCACGCACAUGCGCAAGCACACGGGCUACAAGCCCUUCGGAUGCGGACUCUGUGAUCAGUCCUUCCAGCGCAAGGUGGACCUGCGCCGUCAUCGGGAGAGUCGACACGAGGAGGCAGCUGGAGCCCUGACGCCGCCGAUCAAAAUGGAGGUCAGCAGCAGCAGUUGCUAGAAGCGAGCGAGCGUGCGAUCGAUUGGAUCAUCUGUAACAUCUGUAGAUAUAUAUAGAACAUGUCUGAGACACAAACCAGACCCAGUGGGGAUUACCCGAAACCAGUAACAACCACCAAGUUGGCCCGCCUGCAAAUGCAAAGUCGUCUAAGUCUAAGUCGUCGCUAUGAAGCCAAAGUUUGUUUUGUUUGGGCAUCCGAAUACAUUGUUAAGGGAACCGAAGGAACAUUUCUCCCAUUUAUUUUGCUCAAUCCUAGACCUAAGCUCUGUACAUACUGACAAAAAAAAACCAUUUACAAGACUUCUCUAAUAGACCUAAAUACAGUAUGCUUAAGUAAAUAUUAUUUAGAAUUAAGCUAACAUAAUUUAUUGCAUAGAAAAUGUUUUUUAUCUUUUCAAUUUGUUUUACCCUAAAUACCAAAUCCAAAAUUGGCAAAGAAAACGCAGCUAAAAGUACCAAAGACUCCAAAAAAAAACAACAACAAGAAAAAGAAAACUUGGCAAAGCUUGAUUUAAACCUAACUUAUCGAAAUUUUUGUCUGUACCAUUGUUUAAUUUACGAAAUAUUUAUUUUUAUAUAAAUUAUCUAAGCCCUAUUGA